AACCAGGGGCUCCUCACCUGUGGAAUUAAUUAUCUUCACAAAGACAGGAGAUGAUUUGCUUUGACUCUCCUCAUUUCCUAACAAACCAGCUGGGCUGCAACAUUUCUGAACGAUCCUACCAAGGAACCUGUGGCUGUUUUUAUCCUUCCAUCAGGAUGCCGAGCCAGCUUGAGGGUGCCAUGGGUGCACUGAUAACAGUUUUCUACAACUAUUCUGGGAACGAUGGUGAUAAAUACAAGCUCAACAAAGGUGAACUGAAGCAGCUGUUGAACAGUGAGCUCACGGACUUUCUCACG